AUGCGAGAAAAUAUUGAUGAAAUUUUUUCAGUCAUUUGUGCAACUGUUAAUUUGUCGUCACCAAUAUUAAGUGAUGAUAAAUUUAUGGAACAUUCAAGUCACAAUAUGUCUAUGAAAUAUUAUUCUGGAAGACUAACAAUCUUUGGAUUGUUUUUGAUUGUUACAACAAUUCAAGGUGAACCACAAUUUGAUGCUAAUCUUUCUUGUCAGAAAUUUAGUAAAAAUGGAGUUUGUUGUCUAGAAAUAGAUAAUAAUUGUUUUGUUUAUGAUUCUUCAAAUCGUAGAUGUUACUGUGAUGGAGCUUGUGCAAACCCAUUUCAGCUGAAUGAAACUGAUUGUUGUUCUGACUACGAAGCAUAUUGUAAAACACCUGUGACUCAAUUGACAUUCCAAACGGAAUCACCAAAAAACGAUAAAGUUGAUGCAGGUAUUAAAAAAACUCCAACAAAAAAAAUUGGUAUACCAGAAGACGAUGAAGAUGCUGGUUCUGAAAAUUCCGAAGAAAAUGGUUCAGGUGAUGGUGAUGACACAAACCCAAUAUAUGUAACAGAAAGUACAAGUGAAGAUUAUAGUUCAGGCAAUGGUGAUGUUACAAAGCCAAUAAUUGUAACAGAAAGUACAACUACUUCUGAAAUUAAUAGCCAAAAUUAUGAUCAAACACGUAAGCUCCAUGAAAGUUCGACAAAUUUACCAGAUGAAUACGUAAUACCAGCCGAAUAUUUACUACCAAUAUCUGGCAAAUGGACUGGUGAAUCAUGGGCAGUUACAGCAUCUGAAAUUUUAUCAAAUCGUUUGUCAAUGAAAUACAAAUUAGAUAAACCAAUUGCCAUGAGUACUCAACAAAUUAUUUCUUGCUCCAAAACAAAACAACCAGAUCAAUUUCAAAAACAGCCACAAGAUGCUUGGACCUUUAUCCUAAAAAACAAUAUUGUCAAUGAAAGUUGUUAUCCAUUGACUGGUGACAAUAACAAAUGCCAAAUUAAUUUCGAAACAAAUAAUCUUACUCAAUGCCAAAAUUCAAACGUCUAUGAACCAACAAAAUUGUACAAAGCUAGAGAAAUAUAUCGUGUUAUAAAUGCAAGUGAUGUAAUGAACAAUGAAGCUAAUAUUAUGACAGAAAUUUGGAAAUACGGAUCAGUUCAAGCAACAAUGGAAGUUUAUGCAGAUUUUAUAAAUUAUAAAGCUGGAAUUUAUAAACCAUCACCAGAUGCUUUAUUUGUGGGAUAUUCGUCAAUCAGAAUCAUCGGCUGGGGAGAAGAAUCAAACGGAAAAUUCUGGAUUGCUGCUAAUUCUUGGGGAACAGAAUGGGGAGAAAAUGGAUAUUUUAAAAUUGCAAAAGGACUUCAAACAUGUGCUAUUGAAUAUUACGUUGUUGGUGUUGAAGUUUAA